AACUACCCACCCCGUUAGAUAAAAGAGAAAGUCCUUCCCAGCAGUAGCGCAGAAAAGUAGUUUUUUUUUUAUUUGUAGAAGUUGUCAAAAGAAGCGCAAGUGAAGUUUAUAGAUAUCGGUCUUGUAUUGUUUGCGCUCAUCGGUUGCUGGUCUCCCUUUCUGAUGCAGUAUUUUCGGUGACAGUUUCUGGUGUAUUAAAGCGACACUAAGACAAUGGAGAAUGGGCAAAGCCGUCUCCGUCAGGCCCAGGAGAGUGUGGAGGAAGUGAAGGUUAUCAUGUUGGACAACCUGAACAAAGCUGAAGAGCGAUCAGGAAAACUAGGGGAGCUGGAUAACAGAGCUGAGCAACUACUGCAGAAGAGCAAAUCGUUCUCAAGGACCGCGACUAAGGUGAAACAGAAGAAACGUUGGGAGAAUAUUAAAUGUAAAGUGAUAAUUGUAGCUGUUGUGGUCCUCAUCAUAAUUGUGGCUGUGGUUGUGGCUGUGAUAUUCAGGGGAAUGGACAGAACGACCAUACCCACACAAGAACCAAAAGCACAAAUAGAUGGUUAGAAGAUCAGACGAAGAGGAUGAGUGAACAUUAAGGAUUUCUUAAAAUGCCUCAAGAUAUCAGAUUAUUGUGUCUUCAACUGAUGUACAACUGAAAAUUGUGAUGCUGGGUGAUACAAAAUGGUACCAUGGAGUUACCUUCAUUUCUGCUUUCACUUUCAUUUUACAAUGAUAACACCCAUAUGUGGCACUAAUGGUAACUGCCUGCAUGCAUUCCUUUUGGACUAAACAGAUUUUAAUCAUAAAUCUGGGAAACCAAUGGCGAUGUGGGACACAUUUAAAAGUGUGUCAGAAAAAUAAAAUCCUUCAACUCAUUAGCUUAUUAGUAGAGGGCUCCAUGACAUAAAUUGGGUAUAAUUAAUAAUGGGGACAUCCAAAAUUUGCAAUGCUGGGGUGCCCUCCAGGACCAGGUUUGAGGAACAUUGGUGUAGAGCACAGGCUUUUAUUACUUUCAUUAAAAAAAAAAAACAA